CAGGGGGAGAGUGGUGGUCUCCAGCGAGUAGCAGAGGAGGAGUAAUGUGAUGCAUAGGAUGAGGAAGACCCUCCCUAGCAGUGGGCUGAACGGGCUGGGGUUGGUUCAGUGCCCAUCAUACUCAGAGCCUUGGAAAAGCAAGAAGAAGAAAAAAAAAAACAACCGAGGGGAUCCGCGGCUUUUGUCACCCGCCUGUAGUGGUGGCAUUGAGGAAGGGGAGCCGGGAUCCAGGGAUUUCCUCCAGCGGGGGCACGCGCCUGGUCUCUGCAGCCCCCUCUCUUGGUCACACACACGGCGGAGGAGGAGGAGGGAGCUGCUGUCAGACGCUGCUCCACUGCACGACAAGCCGGGCUUCUCCCUUCACUGCUCCGGGUGUGACGCCCGCUACACCCGCCAAGAGGAGGACUCCCAGCAGCUGCGGCAGCACACGACGAUGAUGAUGUGAUUGCAGAGCCGGCCCGUCUGCUGCAGGUUUGUAAGAGGCGGAACUAUCAUGUCAACAGUGUGGGAGGCUGACAUCUGACUUCAACGCCGAGAUCAACGGGAGAUCCAUUUUCACUGAAGACUUGGUCAGAGCUUUCAAAGGUCUUUACUACAGUUGCACUUGAAGAAAUGUGGUGAAAUCAAGUUAUAGUACCAGUAGUUUAGGAAAUAUUGGGAUAUAGAUAAUGGGCUGUGUGCAAUGUAAGGAUAAAGAUGCAACCAAACUGACAGAUGAGAGGGAUAACAGUUUAACUCAGAGCUUAGGGUAUCGCUAUGGGACAGAUCCCACUCCACAGCACUAUCCCAGCUUCCCUGUGACCACUAUUCCAAAUUACAACAACUUCCAUGGAAAUGCAGGGCAGGGACUUACAGUCUUUGGGGGCGUGAACUCCUCGUCACACACAGGAACCUUGCGUACAAGAGGAGGAACAGGAGUUACACUUUUUGUGGCUCUUUAUGACUAUGAAGCAAGAACGGAAGAUGACCUAAGUUUUCAAAAAGGAGAGAAGUUCCAGAUACUGAAUAGCUCUGAAGGCGAUUGGUGGGAAGCGCGCUCGUUGACAACUGGUGGGACUGGUUAUAUCCCAAGUAACUAUGUGGCGCCAGUGGAUUCCAUUCAAGCUGAAGAAUGGUACUUUGGCAAACUGGGAAGAAAGGAUGCAGAGAGACAAUUGUUAUCCUUUGGAAAUCCAAGGGGAACCUACUUAAUACGUGAAAGUGAAACCACCAAAGGUGCCUAUUCAUUGUCUAUUCGUGACUGGGAUGACAUGAAAGGAGAUCAUGUCAAACACUAUAAGAUCCGGAAACUUGACAGUGGCGGAUAUUACAUAACAACGAGGGCCCAAUUUGAAACCCUUCAGCAGCUUGUUCAUCACUAUUCAGAGAGAGCUGCUGGUCUGUGUUGCCGCUUGGUAGUACCCUGCCAUAAAGGAAUGCCAAGGCUUACUGACCUGUCUGUCAAAACCAAAGAUGUCUGGGAAAUUCCAAGAGAAUCCCUCCAGUUAAUCAAGAGGCUGGGCAAUGGGCAGUUUGGGGAAGUAUGGAUGGGUACAUGGAAUGGAAAUACCAAGGUGGCAAUAAAGACUCUGAAGCCGGGUACCAUGUCUCCUGAGUCUUUCUUGGAAGAGGCUCAGAUCAUGAAGAAGCUGAAGCAUGAUAAACUGGUGCAGCUUUAUGCAGUAGUGUCCGAAGAGCCUAUCUACAUUGUAACUGAGUACAUGAGCAAAGGGAGCUUGCUAGAGUUCCUCAAGGAUGGCGAAGGACGAGCCCUGAAACUGCCAAACCUAGUGGAUAUGGCUGCCCAGGUUGCCGCUGGGAUGGCCUAUAUUGAACGUAUGAAUUACAUACACAGAGACUUACGGUCUGCAAAUAUUUUGGUUGGAAAUGGUCUGAUUUGCAAAAUUGCAGAUUUCGGUCUUGCUCGAUUAAUUGAAGACAAUGAGUACACAGCGAGGCAAGGUGCAAAGUUUCCCAUAAAAUGGACAGCCCCUGAAGCAGCACUGUAUGGAAGGUUCACAAUCAAGUCAGAUGUGUGGUCAUUUGGUAUUUUACUUACAGAACUUGUAACAAAAGGAAGAGUUCCCUAUCCUGGUAUGAAUAACCGAGAAGUUUUGGAACAAGUGGAACGUGGCUACAGGAUGCCAUGUCCACAGGACUGUCCCAAUUCUCUGCAUGAGCUCAUGCUUAACUGCUGGAAAAAAGACCCAGAGGAGCGCCCAACUUUUGAAUAUCUUCAAGGUUUCCUGGAAGACUACUUCACUGCCACUGAGCCCCAGUACCAACCCGGAGACAACCUGUAAAGUUCUGCCUGCACCAAGCCAUUUCCAGGUUGAAAUCCUAGAAUUUGCUUCCAGUUUAAUGACUGCCUUUAACAAGGAGCUCUUUCUUCCAGUGUGGGUUGCACGUAGGCGUGAAGCUCAGAACUUCAAGAAAACUUUUUUUUUCCAUGGCCAAUUAUAAUAAUCUGAAUGUUCUCUUUUGAAAACAGUAAAACUAUGGGGAAAAGGAAAAAAAGGCAAAACUUCUCAUGCAAAGACUUGAAAGAUGCAUUGUAUUGAUGUUAUGUAAACUGCAAAACCUCUGUUCAUUGUAAAUAUUAACUCUGUGCCAAUUCCCAAUAUUAGAGUUUUUUUUAAAAUAAGAAUUCAUGCAUUUUUAACGCGUUUCCCUUUGAGUCUACACAAGUAUUACUUUUCAAAGUGCCCUCAUACACUUCUAUGGCUUUUUAUUUAAUAUGUAGAUGCUUUUGUUUUGCUUUUUGUACAUGUACCUAUAAAUAAUGCAAGCUGUACAUACAUACCACCAUGCAGUACAUCUGGUACAUACAUACAGCCAUACAUACUGACCGCAAGGAGUGGGGGGUCCUGUCUGGGUCAUUAAUGCCAAUUACAAAGAAACAUUUCACAGGAUCCUAGAAGAAUGCAAUUUUAUAUUGCAUCUUGGUUUCAAGAUUGAUCCAAAUCAUAGUAUAAACUGGAUACGCUCAUACCUUUUUAACAUGCGGUAUGACGGUGGUGGUGGUAAAUGGUGGCACACCAGUGCCACAAAUUUGCCAGUUUAAUGACUAAUACAUUUAUUGUCUAUAUUCUACAUCCCUCUAAUUAGUAUAAAUGUGGCUUCUGGGAAAUUCAUCUGUCACAAUAGCUACCUACAAAAUGUUUUGUUUUUUUCUUAAUUUUUAAAAACAUUUAACUUCUCUCUAUUUUUCACUUGCAAUACACAACUGUGUAAUCUUUGCCAAUCUGAAGACCACCCAGGAGUACAUAAGCAGAUUGUUCAUCUUUUUCUAUGUAGUAUUUACCAAUGUAAAAAAAGCUGAUAAAACUUAUUUCUACUUGUCUUGAGACGUUCUCCAAUGGAAUUACUAUGCACUAUACAUUUCAUGGGGAAUGCAUAAAAACAGUGUUUCUUUGUAUCAUUCUUAGAUUUAUUCUGUUUAUUGAACAACUGACUUUUCCAUUUGGUUUUUACAUCAUGUUAUCAAUUUAAGGUCUUAACUAAUUUCCUAUUAUCAUUUCUUUACAUUUUUUCAUGGAAUACUGUUUAACUUUAUUAAUUUAGUAAUUAAAUAUGAACAUUUUGCAUCAUUAUUUUGUUAUUAUUCCUCUGCCCAGAACAGAAUUAUAAAAAAAUCUGGGAGACUGUCACACCACUCUAAGGUAAAAAUCGGUAUCUUAAUGCGAGGUAGGGAAAUAAAACUAAUCUUACUUUG